CCGCAUUUGAACCUAGCAGAAGGGUAGGCUACUGACACCGCUGUUUUAUGAUGGACAGAGAGUAGGCAAUAUUUCUUCUUAGAUAUGGGCUGCGCUGGAGGGUGGCUGCUCUGGGCUAUGUGUCUGGUGUCUACCCUUCUGGAGUAUGGUGAGUUGAGCCAUGGGUUGAUCAAGGGAACUGCAAAAUAUAGAUAUAAACCUGAUUAAAGUGGGAUUUUUUUGCUUACCAGUAGGCUGUCUGCCAAAAACAUUGCAGUGUAUGCUAUCAUCUCAGCAGUAUAUUAUUUUGCUGCGGAGAUGAUCCAUUAUAAUUUGAAACAAUCUAUGGAUUUCAAAUGUUUUAUUAGUAUAACAUUAUAGUAAUUGUGUUUUUUAGAAGUGUAACAGGAUUUGGUUUCCUAAAGUAGCCUAAAUGUUUUAUGGCUAUGUAACCAUUUAUUGCAUUCAUUAUAUCUAAACGAUAUAAGCCCAUACAUAUGUGGUAAAUCAAAGGUGUAUAAAUUACAGUGUUCAUAAAUCAUUUCACCUCAUUCAUUUGGAAAACGUAAUGGUAUCUAAUUAACAUGCACUAACUCCUGAUUAUAAAAAAAACCCCCACCUGAAAUAGAAGAUAUACCCUGCUUCUGAUGAUGGGAGGUAUUUGAUAUGGCUGAGUUUGUUAGAAAAAUCUAAAUAUAUCAAAUAUAAAUAGUGGUUUUUCACUGCAUAGAGAAUACAGCUGUAUUGUUCUACCCCUGCCUCUCAGUGAUUAGCUGUGUUUGGCUGCUUGGUCGGAGCUGUCAGCUGUAAUUAGUGCCCAGUGUCCAUGCUAGUUUCCCACACAUAUACAAAGGGCCCCGGGAUGCCCUUUGUAUAUGUGUAGUGGGGGAGGAUGCAUUAUUACAGUAAUGAAAAAAGGGGAGGGAGGGAGGCCCGGGCCGGGACCGUUUGCUAGACCCGAGGUCAGGAGCAUGCAUGGGACAAGCCAUUGUGCCUUUGAAGCAUUUUUGAUAGAAACACAAGGAAUGUUAUUUGUGGGUCAUUAGUUUGUUUGUAUUUAUUUGCUACACCACCAAACCCAAUAAGUACUAAUGAUUGCCGUUCAUGCUGCUGUAUUACCUUGUAUUCACCAUAGGAUAUCUCAUAUAUGUGAGAGGAAUAUGAAUAGUGGAAUGUGCCUGCCUUGCCCAUUGAUAGGUGUUGCCCUAAGCUUGUCUCACCAACCUCCUGUCCUCCAUCCCCUGUGCAGGUGCAGUGAGGGUGACCAUGAGAGACACCAAUCUGGAGGUGGUUCAGGGGGACUCGGUGAUCCUGCCCUGCUCCUUCUUCACCAUGAGUCCCCUGUCCAGACUCAACAUCAUCUGGACCCUGGCACCCUUCUCUGACCCAGACUUCCCCACACAGGUCUGUUUGAAUCCCCAUUAGUAGAGACAGUGAGUGUUGAAACUUUCUGUUUGACAUGUCAGUAAGGUCUCAGUGUGCUGAUUUGUCUGUCCCGUCCCUCAGGUGAUAGUGUUUGACCACGGCCAGGUGAUCGAGAACCCCUCCCUGACAGGCAGGGUGGGUUUCCCAGGCCUCCCCUGGAGUGCUGACAUCAUCCUCAACAAGACACGCAUAUCCGAUGCUGGCACAUACCGCUGCAUGGUGAGCAACCCCCCAGAGACUGGAGACCCUGGUAUAGGGGAACUGGCCCUCAACGUCCUGGGUAGGUGGUUCACAUACUAAUCACUAUAACCAUCUCGUAUUACUCCCUGAAUGUAAUUCUCAACGAAAACAGUAACUCAUUCUCUAUCUUAUAUGUUUAACAUUGAGUCAGCCUACUGUGCAUUCAGUUCUGAGUUACUUUGACAAUCUGUAACCAAUAUAUAUGUUGUUCUUUCAGCACCCCCCUCGCUGCCCCUGUGUCUGUGGGAUGGGGUCACUGAUAUGGGGGGGAGCGUUGCCCUGUCCUGCAUGGUGGCUGAGGGGGUGCCCACUCCCGAGAUGCGGUGGGAUAAAUUGGAACCAGAGGAAAUCUCACUACCCAUCAACAUGGAUGGUAAGAGCGGCCAUGGUUCUCUAACUAACCCAUGCCUAGAGCCCCAGAGACAACAACAUGCUGCAGGUGCAGUGGAGCUUGUCUAAUGGUAACCUCGUUCCCAGGCUCAAUUGCUACCGCAUAGAGAGCCGUCUGGUGGACGAGAUUAAUCGAAUGGUAAUUUCAGCUACAGCACAGCAAUCACUAUUGUGAUGUGUUUAAUUCUAUUUCAGGACUAAAAACAGUACUGUUGUAAAUACAAACUGAUGUUUGUAUCCUGUAACCUCUGUUGUUCUCUAUGACAGGGGACCUAUCAGGCUCUGUCCAGAUAAUCAACAUCUCGUCCCAGAACUCUGGGCUGUACCGCUGCUCCGUCACCAACCUCCUGGGCACCCAGAACUGUUACGUCAACCUGUCUAUCUACAGCCGUGAGUCCCUCCCUGGUCCACAUGCUCUUCAGUUGUCCCUCACUCUAACCCCCCCCCCCCCCAGAUACUUGUCAAUCAUAUCAUACUAAUUCAGAAGGGUUUUGAAAUGUUGAUGAAACAGGUCAGAGCUACUGUAACUGUGUUGGAAGUGCUGUGUGUGUUUAGAAUCGGAGUAUCUCUCCCCCUCCCACUGCAGCUCCAGACAGCUCCCCAGGGAUCCUCCAGGGGGUGUUGCUGACCCUGUUCAUGGUCCUGGUGCUGCUGGCCCUGCUGGUGCUGGUGCUUUGGCUCCAUCGCUCUGGCCAGGACAGGAAGUGGACGGAGGGGAAGGAAGAGGAGUGUUAUAAUGAGAUAAGAUACACUCCCUCUCUGAUCAAACGCUCCUUUGUUUGAUCCCUCAAUCCAAGGAAGACAAACACCCGGAUGCAUUCUACAAAAAAAUAUACAACUCAUUGACAUUGUACAACUCAUUGAAUUGAACAUUUGUUUCAGAAAAUGUGAUAAGAAUGAGCAAGCAUUCCACUGGGGAAUGAAGAGAGUUACCUCACUGUAGACAUUGGCUCCCACUUCACUAUAUUUUUUUGCGUCAAGCAGUCGCACAGAAGCUAUUGAAAUAUUUCCCGCAUAGAAUACCUGAUGAAAACUGUAACUUUUUUUGGGAAUAAAUGUUUGACUGGAA